CACUGCGCCGGCGCAGAGCGGUGCACUUCGGGACUGGUAGUUCCCCGCGGCAUUGUGGGAGUCGUGGUUUGUCUGCGGGCCGGGCGCUGGAGCCUCCGCGGCCUGGGGCUAGAGAUUAGUGACUUGCUCCAGGUCACAUGCCCUGCCGUUGGUGUCACCAGGAAUAGAGUCCGCAUCUGCAGUUCUCCGGGUCCACAGAUGGGACCGAGGCCCCCAGAGGGAAGUCACUUUCCAGAGUGUGUAGGUUCUCCAUCCAGAGCUCGAGUCUUCUGAGUCUUGGGAGCAGUGGGUCCUGGUCUUCCAGCUCCCUCUGCUCGUUUGCCUGUCUGCGUGGACCUCAUUGAUCGGGAGUGAAUUCACGGCUGGUCCAACAUGAACUGGAAGGUGCUUGAGCACGUGCCCCUGCUGCUGUAUAUCUUGGCAGCGAAAACAUUAAUUCUCUGCCUGGCAUUUGCUGGAGUCAAAGUCUACCAGAGGAAGAGACUGGAAGCAAAACAGCGACAGCUGGAAGCUGAGAAGCAGCAGCAGGCGGAGAAGAAAGACAACUAAAGGGAAAUCAGAGAUUUUGUAAUUUAAAUGUCAGCUUGAGGGGACUCCAGCUGAGAAGAAAGAGAAGAAAGACUUAAUUAUUGAAUCAUGGGUCAGAGGAUAAACUCCCAAACUAUAGCUCUAACUUAAAAUAAUGUGAAUUUUUAUGUGCUUUUGAAAGAAACAGUAUUUUGUUUACUGAAAUAAAAUACCUUUGUAAAAAAA